ACCUAGUCUACUUUGAUUAUUCAUAAAAAUGAAUGUGAUGGAGAUGCCACCUCGACCAACACUGUUUGACUUCCAUGGAGUCUCCAUGAUCAAAUACUUCACUGACAACUGGGACAACGUACAGAACUUCAAAGCGAGACCAGAUGACAUCCUUAUAGCUACCUAUCCUAAAGCAGGAACCACAUGGGUGUGUUACAUCCUGGAUCUUCUGUAUUUUGGGCAGACUUGUCCAGAGCGUCAGGCGUCCGUUCCUCUUCACGAGAGAGUGCCAUUUCUGGAGAUCACCAUACCUUCUCAACCCGCAGGUACAGACCUGGCAGACCAUCUUUCCACAACUCCACGUCUCAUUAAAACUCAUCUACCAGUCAGAACUGCAAUAAUCUAUGUGGCUCGUAACGCAAAAGAUAAUGCAGUGUCCUAUUUCCACUUUAACUGCAUGAACUAUGGCCAGCCAGAACCAGGGGACUGGAGCACCUUUCUGCAGAAUUUCAUGGAGGGAAAGAUGGUGUUUGGAUCGUGGUAUGACCAUGUGAACGGCUGGUGGCAGAAGAAACAGACCUAUUCAAAGCUUCACUACAUGUUCUAUGAGGAUCUGAUUGAGUAUAUCCGUUUGCAACGAAUGAACGUGAAAAAAGGGAAAGUCGGUGACUGGAAGAACCAUUUUACUGUGGCCCAGAAGGAAGAGUUUGAUGAAGACUACAGGCGGAAAAUGAAGAAUCCUUCACUGCGGUUCCGUACUGAAGUUUAGAGGCUUGUGAAUAGUGAGGAGUCAUAAUGACAAGAAUUUGAUGUUAGAUUGUUAGUCAGAUAUUUGACAUUAAUCACGACCAUCAAAGUGUAGAGCAUCUGUUUGUUCUAUGCUGCAGAACUGUUUGUUGGACAAACAAUUUUUGUUUUUCUCUGUGAGGUUCCUAUAAAAUUAAAUACAAUAAAGGAUUUAUAACUAUAAAACUAGAUGACUUAAGGCAUCCACUGGCAAUUGACCAUUUUCAAAGGCAUCCCUUGACCUCUGACCUCAAGAUAUCUGAAUGAAAAUAGGUUCUAUGGGUACCCCCAAGUCUCCCAUUUGCAGAUAUUUCCACUUUAUGAUAAUCCCAUUUUGUUUUGAGCAAAAAACACAGCUUUUUUUUUUCUUAAAUGUCUUAUACACAAGUCGCCUAGUGUACUUUAAUAUUUCUGUAUACUGGGGUCCCUGAACAGUGUUGGAAUUGCAGAAACAGGGAAUGACUUGAAAGCUGAAACACAUUCUUCAUGCCACCCCUGCACAAAUCAGUGCCCCACCAAAGUCUGGACAUGCCCCUGGACACAAGACAGUUUGGGAUUAAUUUGUUGCCUGUAAAAGCUGCAUUUACAGGCAAUCUUUUGUGUGUGUGUGAUUUUGUAGAUUUGCUAUAUUUCAAAAUAUGCUCAAAACAUGGAAUAUGGAGCCCAGAACACAUUUAUUAAUGGACAGUCUGAUUAUUUGCUUAUUUAGACAAUCUAAAAAUUGCAUGUGAAUAUUUUUUUAUACACUUGCAUACCUGUUUUCUUUCCCAGUUU